AUGUCUUUAGCCGCGCCUGAAAGCCUUUCGCAACAGUCCGCCUUUGAUCAGGACCUGCAGGCCUCGCGCGUGUACAAACGCACGAUUAAAAUUCGGAAUUCUAUGACGUUGCUAAGUAGCACGGCGCUGUACACUACGGCCCUAUCAAUGUUCUCCAACAUCUCCUUUUGUGUGUUACCUAUUUACUCAACCGACCUAAGUAACAGCUUCUGCUACGUCUUUGGUGAAGAAGGCGCGUUACGCAGCGAUAGACAGGGAGGGGAGCAAGAACGGAAAUCAUGGCAGUCUCCGGAAGAAAAGUUCCUGUAUGUCGAGGCAUUUUUAUCCGAUUUUGGCCCCACAAACGCUUUUAAAACUUAUACUGAGAUUCCCAGCGCUUCCCAGGAGUUCUCAUUCGAUACCAGGCCAAUCGUCGCGAGGUUCUUGAGGAGGAGAGCGCCUGUGCCUUCGACUACGAGGGCUACCAGUGCCGAAACACUGGCCAACCAUGUGAUCAUGCGUCUAAAGCUUCAUGAUGCUGAGGUGCAAAGUUUUGACCAGGUGGAUCAGGAGCAUGCACACAUCGCAGGCAAUAACUUCCUGACCAACGAACAGCUCAUCUCAGGCACACAGCUGCUGCGGGUAGCUGAGAAGAUGCCUAAGGGUGCACACCUACGCAUCAACUUUAACUCGCACUUGCUUCUGACUGCGCUGCUAGACGUGGCUAGUAGCAUGCGUCAGUUACUGGACCUAGCGUUGAUGGAGUGCCUCAACUUUAAGAAGCGGUGGCCGAACUACAUAGCAGGCUUUGAUUUAGUAGCCGAGGAGACGAAGGGACACCGACUACGCGAAUUCGUGCCCAAGUUACUAGCGUUCCAAAAUCAGUGCACACACGAGGGCUUCGAUAUACCGUUCCUGUUCCAAUGCGACGAGACGCUGGACAUAGGCACAGAGGUAGACAACGACCUCGUUGAUGCGUUACUGCUAGGAGCAAAACGUAUUGGACGCGGCUUUGCGAUGCCGCGCCACUCAAGAAUCUUACAUCAGAUGAAGCAAAGGGGCAUAUGCGUGGAAAUGUGUCCAACUUCGAACGAGCUGCUAGGACUAACGCCGCGCAUCAGCGGUCGUCUUGUUAACAAUAUGCUAGCAGAAAACAUGCCGUGCACGAUAAAUAGCGAUAACGGCAUGCUUAUUAGGUCUUCCCUUUCGUACAACUUCUACCGGAUUAUAGUUGGGAAGGCUGACAUGGGCUUGUUUGGCUGGCGGCAGCUAGCCGAGUGGAGCCUCGAGCACGCUUGCCUGUCGAACGAAGAGCUGGCAGAAGCAAUGGGUAACUGGCUAGAGGCGUGGUGUCACUUUGUGGUGUGGCUGCUAGACAUACGACGACCACAAUAG